AUGGAAUCCGUAUGGAAGACGACAACAAUGCAUUCCCCACUAAUUACUCCAGCUCCCGAUGCAGCUCUUGUCGCCAAUAUUCUCCAGCGUCAAGUAAAUGGGUAUGGAAGUCCCGUCACUUGCGGGUAUGUCGAUGGAGAUGCAGACUCACCUGCGACCUGCGCAGCAGGCUCAACAUGUGCCUCCGAUUUGACCGCCAGUGUUCACUUUUGCUGUGUGGAUCCCGAUAGCUGCGUUAUGCCAUCGGCCUGCUACGCAGCGACUGCUAUUUCAGACGGUCUUUGCGACUCGGCUUGUCAAGAGAACACUUCUAUAUUGAAAUGGUAUGACCCGCGGCUCUGGAUCCCCAUGAUUAAAAAACAGUCUACGGAGUCUGACCUACCGUUGUCUAGCACCUACCCCGACUCCGGAUUGACGGCCUGCUAUACUCGGGAGUGGGUCGGCACUCCACUUCUCUAUGGAUAUGGCUGUGCGCAAUCCUCGUUCAUUCAAAUCGUCUACUCCACGGUCACAACUCAAGGCGAAAGCAGUACCACCGAGGCCACUACUACCGCCGAAACCACAACGGCUGGCGCCACUACCCAAUCGGACACAGCGACCAAUGCGACAACUCAGUCUGACACGCCGACGAAUGAGUCUUCGGGAACCUCAGGCACUGGCUCUACAUUUACGACGAGCUCUUCCACAACUAGUACAACGGCUACGUCCACUGGAACAAAUACACCGACUCCUGGUCACGGGCCACAUUUGAGCACUGGAGCAAUCGUUGGAAUUUCAAUAGGAGGCGCUUUCGUCUUCUUAGUUCUUUUGACUGCUUUCUUGAGUCGGAAAAAGAUACAGGCAUGGCUUGCGCGCCGAAAGUCCAGCCAUAGGAUCAGAGACAAUGGCCAACUGGAUGGGCACGUACUGGUCAAUGUACCUGAGCCAAGGCGAUUGGAUCAUAGCGCACGGGUCAAUAGCCCUGGCAAUAUUACAGCGAGUGGAGCGAGUGUCUUCUCGGAUCCUCGAUCGGACCCUGCAGUUGAUCCAGACCAAGUCAGCCAAUACGAAUAA